CUGCCCGCGACACAACAGCUGUUGCGCGACACCUCUCACGACUCUCAAUCGCGCAUUACGACCGAGGACUCAGUCUUCAACAAAACAGGAUCACCCACGCGAAUCGUCUUCGAAGUUUCAGCCAUCAUGUCGGGCGGAGGCGACGUGACCCUCUUUGAGGAGUCCUUCACCGUAACCACCUACGACCAAUCUAAGUACGAUCGAGUCGCCCGCAUUUCUGCCACCUCGACGGACAACCAGACCAUUAUGUCGCUCGACAUCAACAUUGAGCUGUUCCCUGCUUCUGUUUCCGACAGCCUGCACGUUGUUCUGGCUACCUCCCUGGCUCACGAUGGAAGCAAAGACGAUGAGAAGGGCUGGAGAGAUGUCGCGAAGGGUGGCCAAGAUCGGGAAGCCACCCUGGCGGAUAUGUUUGACUACGUUUGCUACGGAAAGAUCUACAAGUUCGAGGAUGCCGACGACGGACAGACCAUCAAGGCUUACGUCUCGUUCGGCGGUCUCUUGAUGUCACUCGAGGGCCCGUACAAGAAGCUCACUCCGCUGAGAGUCGAUUAUGUCUACCUGCUGAUCAAGAAAUGA